AGAAAAACCAGCAACCCUAAAAAAGUUUUUUUUUUUCUCAUUUCUGAUCUGCUUCACAUGAUAAAUCCCAAACUUUCUUCUUACCGUCAAUCCAAGAACAAGUAUAAAUCCACACACACACACACACACACACACACACACAGAAGGUGUAUACUUCUUGAAUUCUAUAUAUAGAAAAAAAAAAUUGUUUUUUUUUUCUUUUUCUAGGGUUUCAAGAUUGUAUCUCUUUUUUUUUUAAAAGAAAAUUCUGGGUGCAAUUUUUAGGGAAAGGAUAUAUAUACUCAGAGAGAGAGAGAGAGAGAGAGAGAGAGAGAGAGAGAGAGAGAGAGAGAGAGAGAGAGAGAGAGAGAGAGAGAGAGAGAGAGAGAGAGAGAAUGGGGAGGGGGAGAGUGGAGCUGAAGAGAAUAGAGAACAAGAUAAAUAGGCAGGUUACAUUUGCAAAGAGACGAAAGGUCUACUCAAAACAAAAAUGCAGCAUGCUAAAGACACUUGAAAGGUACCAAAAGUGCAGUUAUGGUUCAUUAGAGGUCAAUCAUCCUGGCAAAGAUAUUGAGCAAAGCAGCUACAGAGAAUACCUAAAACUAAAAUCCAAGUACGAGUCUCUCCAACGUUACCAGAGACAACUUCUUGGUGAUGAUUUGGGACCUCUAAACAUAAACGACCUCGAGCACAUCGAACUUCAAUUGGAGUCAUCGUUGAAGCACAUUCGGUCUACAAGGACACAGGUUAUGCUUGAUCAACUUUCUGAUCUUCAAUCAAAGGAGAAGUUAAUGGUGGAUGCUAAUAAGGCUUUGGAAAGAAAGCUAGAAGAAAUAUAUGCUGCAAAUCAAAUGCAGCAAUCCUGGGGGGAGCAAAGCAAUGCAUACAGCCAUCAUCAUCAGCAUGCUCAAUCUCAGGGCUUUUUUCAGCCGUUGGAUUGCAACUCCACUCUUCAGAUUGGAUAUGGUGAGCCAGUGAGUUCAAGCCAGAUGACAACACAAGUAACUGAUGUCCAAAAUGUGAAUGGAAUGGUACCUGGUUGGAUGCUUUUAGUAGUAAUGGGUCGAGGUAGGGUUGAGUUGAAGCGGAUCGAGAACAAGAUAAGCAGACAAGUGACGUUUUCGAAGAGGAGGUCUGGUUUGUCUAAAAAGGCUAAAGAGAUCUCUGUGCUUUGUGAUGCUGAGGUUGCUUUGAUUGUUUUUUCCACCAAAGGCAAGCUCUUUGAGUUUUCUUCUGAUUCUAGCAUGGGAAGAAUUCUUGAAAGAUAUGAACAAUCCACCUACUCUCAGAAAAAAAUCGGCACCAAUUACGAACCCAAGGAAAAUCUGUCCCUUGAAUACCCAAAACUCGUCGCUCGUAUUGAACUUCUACAAAGAAAUAUGAGGAACUAUGAGGGAGAGGAACUGGACCCACUCAACUUGAGAGAGCUUCAGAGUUUGGAGCAACAGCUCGACACCGCUCUUAAGCGAAUUCGAACGAAGAAGAAUCAAGUCAUGCACGAGUCCGUUUCUCAGCUUCAGAAAAAGGAGAGAUCACUGCAGGAUCAGAACAACAUAUUAGCAAAGCAGGUGAAGGAAAAGGAGAAGCAGGAGCAAAUUGGGGAGAUCACACAGCAGGAACAUAGGAUUCCUUCCUUAACUAUUGGUGGCGGGUGCCAGCAAGAAGAAGAGGAUGGCAAUCGUACUCGUCUGAAAGAAUCUCACGCCGUCAUUCCACCGUGGCUCCUCCCCAGAUGAUGAAAACUCCGGUGACGAGUUUAUUAUCCUACGUAUUACAGUUGAAUAAUUGGUAUUUUGUAUUGUAAAAUCUUGGGAAUGCAGAAAUUAGUACGUUUUUGCACAGGUAAAAAAAAUACUGGGAGCUGAUUUAAUUUAUACAAGGCUAGUAUUGUACAUAAGUAUUUACCAGAAUUAAGAAUGUCAGGCUGGUAUUUGUACAAGGUUUAAU